AUGGCUGCUGUGGUGACACCAUUCCAACGACUUAAAUGGGGUAUUUUCCCAGUGAGAAGAAUCGUAGAUGAAGACGAAUAUGGGAACUUCUUAGACCUUGACGAUCCUGACUUAUCCACCCCCACAGAUGAAGGAGGAAGUAUCGAAAAGACUGAUUCCAAAUUGGAAGUUGCACAUUCAAUUUCCAGCUCCAAGCAACAAGAAUCACUUAUUGAGUAUCGUGAUGAAAAGAAUCGUCCAUGGUGGAAGUUUUUCGAUGAAUAUGAGUAUCGAGUAACCACUCAGUCGAAGAAGAGUAGGAAAUGGUACAAAUGGUUCCAUGACGAGGACACGCCGGAAGAAAAGAAGGUUAUCACGAAAAUUGACAUCUUGUUGACAUUCUACUCCCUCAUGGCCUAUUGGGUCAAAUAUUUAGACCAGACAAACUUGACUAAUGCCUAUAUCGGUGGCAUAAAAGAAUCCAUUGGGAUGGAAGGUAAUGACUUCAUCAACACCCAGGUUUUAUUCUCCGUUGGUAACAUUGUGUUUCAGAUUCCCUUCAUGUACGUGUUGUAUGCCCUCCCAUUAAACUACGUGUUGCCAGCGUUGGACUUUGGUUGGUCAGUAUUGACAAUUUGUACAUCGCAAGUAACCAACGUACCUGGUCUUAAGGCUAUUCGGUUCUUUAUUGGUGCGUUUGAAGCGCCUUCAUAUAUUGCUUACCAUGCAUUAUUCGCCUCGUGGUUUAAAGGAAGUACAGGUGAAGUGACUAGAAGGGCAGGUUUCUACUAUAUUGGCCAAUUUCUUGGUAUACUUACUUCUGGUUUACUUUCUGGUUCAAUUGUAAGAAAUUUAGAUGGUGUUAAUGGUUAUGCAGCCUGGCAAUGGAUUUUCAUUGUCGAUGGAAUUGUCAGUUUUGCGGUUGGUCUUAUUGGAAUUUAUAUGAUUCCGGGAACACCUGAAGAUUGUUAUAGCAUAUUUUUAUCCGAUGACGACAUUAGAAUUGCCAGAAGGAGGAUGAGAAAGGAUCAAAAGGAUGCCAAGCCUAGAGAAAAUGCCUUUUAUCAUUUCUUUAGUUGGGAGACUUGGAGAAAGGUGCUUUCAUCGUGGCAUAUCUACGUCUUGGGUUUAUGGAACAUAUUUUGCUGGAACAAUUCAAAUGGUACUUCCGGGGCGUAUGCUUUAUGGCUUAAGUCAUUGACAAAAGACGACGGUACAACUCCUCGUUUUAACAGUGGCCAGUUGCAAGAUUACACUGCAUUGACUCCAGCAUUGGGUAUUAUAUGGUUGAUUAUCACUAGUACCAUGGCCGAUUUGUGUAAUAGCAGAUAUGGGGCAAUUAUAUUUUCUCAAGUGUUCAAUGUGCUUGGAAACUUGUUGCUUGCAAUAUGGGAUAUUCCCGAACGUGCGAAAUGGUUUGCAUUUUGUAUGCAAUACUGGGGUUGGAGUUCUGCUCCAGCUCUUUACUCGUUCUUGGGUGAUAUAUGCCGAAGAGAUCUUCGUGAGCGUCAAAUUAUUUUAGUUGCUUGUAACAUCUUGGCACAACAAAGUACGGCUUGGAUUUCAGUUUUGGUAUGGAAGACAGUUGAAGCACCUAGGUUUUUGAAAGGGUACAGCUUUACUGCGGCUUCGGCGUUUGCAAUGGCGGCUUGGUCGCUUGUUGUAUUGUAUCUCUACAAAAGACAAGAGAGAGCCGGUGCUCUCGAUAAUAACAUAGUACUCUUUGAUUCAAGUAAAGAUGACGAGAAGUCGGAUAUUAAGGAAACUGAAUAA